AUGUAUAUAUACGACUAUCCCACCGGGCUUUUGAUGCCGUCUCCCGCUCUUCACCAAGCAGCCGCUUCCUACUCCAAGCCCGCCGCCCUAAUCUUGCAAUUGAUAUCACGGCUCUGGCAGCCCCGGCCCGACGACAACACCCCCGCGCGGUCGUACUCGCCGGCCCCCUACUCUAGUGGUAAUUCUUAUUACCGGUACUCGCACCGUCGGACUUCGACUUUCCCUGCCUCGGGCUCGGACGUCCCUAGGAAACCGGUUCCGCUAGUCUUUCGGCUCCCGGUCCAAGUCUCAAGUUCGUCGUCGUCUACUUCGUCGGCAGCUCAGCCCGUUAGUUUUCCUUCUCGUCCCCGAGCAAACACUGCUCCGCCUGGUGCCGAGCAGCAGCAAGAGCGUACAUUAAGACCUACACAGCCUCUUCUUUCUUCCUCUCCUCCUCAAGAACCUGGUCGCCAGUCGCCUCCGCGAGGCCACAAGCGUACCGGCUCCCGCACCGUCUUCACCUCUGCAAGCAAGGCCCGUCCGCUCCGACUCGUCCAGGACGCCCUCAACCGCAAGCGUCGGCCGCCCGUCUUCUUUGCGCAAAGCAAUCGGUCGCUCCUGCAGUCGGUGACUUACAUCACCAUCCACCAGCAGCUUGAGCAUCUCACCCAAGAGCUACAAGACACUCUAGACAAAAUGGCGAACCCCAACCCCAUCCUCCCUAAGGUUGUGCCCCUUUCCAGCCUCCCCAGCAACCCCCGCCCGCCGGUGCCCAUGCCGGCGCAGGUGGACAAGGAGAAGAUUAUUGCUGACUUGCGCCGCCAGCUCGAUGACUCUGCCUCUGAGGCCUCGUCUGUCGACUCGCGCGGCCGCCGCCGCAGGCGCAACAAGAACAACCAGCUGGCCCAGGCCGGCAUGGGCGCGCUCCCGACCCCGUCCAUCUUGCCCCGGUUGGCCGAUACCAAGCCAGUGCGCCUGCAGCUCGGGCUGAACCUCGAUGUCGAGGUCGAGCUCAAGGCUCGCCUACAGGGUGACGUUAGCCUGACGCUUCUAAUCGAAUCCACCCCCUCGACUCCUCCUCCCCACGCCACUGUCCUCACCUGCCCCCGUCCCGACGCCCCCACAGUCACCCACCCCGACAACCUCUUCUUCAUGCGCCUAGGCCGUCUCUCCUUCCGUCCCUCGGGACCCGGGUGGUGGCUUCCCCAUUUGGGGUUUGCUCCUCAAUCGGGAGGUUGGGAGGGGGCAAUGCCCGGGGGCAGGGUGGCGUGGUUUCCUCCUUGGUAUGACGACCCCACCAACGACGAUGAUAAGGAUCAAGAUCAAGAGUCUAGCCACGGGAGGAAGGAUUACCAUGGAGGCAAUGGUCCGUCGGUAUGGACCGUCGCCUGCGUGGUACUUCUCGCCGUCAUCGUGGGGUUUGUGCUGGGGUUUGGGAGCGCAGUUUGGUUGGUCUCUUCACUGCCUGUUUCUCCUUACUUUUCGUUUCCCUCCUCUUUCCAUUCGGCUUCUUCCCCUUCUGCGGCUGCUUUUUCUUCCACCCCGACACCUUCUCCUUCGGUUACGGUGGUGAAGGGACUUGCCAGCCGCGCGGCCAUUUGGGGGUUGUCAACUUCUUGGGAGGAACUCGGUUCUGGAUUUGGGAAUCGCUUGAACGGGGUGACGACAGCAUCUACCGGCACGUUUGGGUAUGGACUUGGUCACGGGGUGCUCGAUCUCGGCCUGCUUGGGAUGGAUCUAGACUUGGGAUUGGGUUCUGGAAAGGGUUGGUUAGCAUCAGCAUCAUCACUUGCAGGGGUAGUCGAAGGAGAUGUAGUUGGGUUUGGUCUUGGUGACUUGUUAAGGGAUGUUGGAGCUUCGUUGGAGAGGCAGUUGGGUUUUGUGGCUGUGUAA